AUGGCGCUUCCAUCGGGGUGUUUUCAUUGGCUAUCAGCCCCGAAGAAGGGAUCUAAGAAGGCCGUUACCAAGACGGCAGGCAAGGGAGGGAAGAAGCGUAAGAGGUCUAGGAAGGAGAGCUACGCCAUCUACGUGUACAAGGUGCUGAAGCAGGUGCAUCCCGAUACCGGUAUUUCUUCCAAGGCUAUGGGCAUCAUGAACUCUUUUGUCAACGACAUCUUUGAGCGCAUUGCUGGAGAGGCUUCCCGCCUGGCCCACUACAACAAGAGGUCAACCAUCACUUCCAGGGAGAUCCAGACUGCCGUGCGCCUCCUGCUCCCCGGUGAGCUGGCCAAGCACGCCGUGUCUGAGGGCACCAAGGCUGUCACCAAGUACACCAGCUCCAAGUAAAGUGUCCGUCAACGUUUUCCCCCCACCCAAAGGCUCUUUUAAGAGCCACCCACUUUCUCGGAAAAGAGCGUUCUCUUUUAUUUUCUUUUUUCCUAGGUUUUAUUCUAUGCAAAAUACUUUAGGCUGCCUCGUUAUGAUUGGCGCUGUGCAAAUAAACUUUUCUUGACUGCUAUA